AUGGUGGCAGAAGGAGACAUCCACAAGACAGCCUUCAUGUGUCCAGGACAUAUAGGUGCUUUUGAGUACACUGUAAUGCCUUUUAGCUUAAGAAAUGCAGGGGCUACUUAUCAAAGGGCAAUGAAUUCUGUCUUCCAUGAUAUGAUAGGACAUUCUUUGGAAGUGUAUAUCGAUGAUGUGGUGAUUAAAUCCCCAGAAGAGGGAAACCACAUACCAAAUCUAAGGAGGGCAUUCCUAAGAAUGAGGCAACAUAAACUAAAGAUGAACCCAAAGAAAGGCAUAGAGAUUGAUAAGAAUAAAGCAAAAUCCAUCAUAGAAGCACUGCCACCUCAGAACAAGAAAGAACUGCAGAGUCUCCUAGGAAAGAUUAAUUUUCUAAGGAGAUUCAUAUCUAAUUCUGCAGGAAAGAUACAGCCUUUCUCCUCUUUGUUAAGAUUAAAGCAGGAACAUGCCUUCAAGUGGGAAGAGCAACACCAACUAGCUUUCGAGGAAAUCAAGCAUUACCUCUCAAAUUCACCAGUUUUGUCCCCACCAAAGAGAGGCAGACCACUCAAGCUCUAUGUGUCUGCAUCAAAAGUAUCCAUUGGAAGUCUGUUAGUUCAAGAUAACAAAGAAGGAAAGGACCAUGCAAUCUACUAUCUGACCAGAACUCUGACAGAAGUAGAAAGAAAAUAUUCUGCAAUAGAAAGACUUUGCCUAGCCUUGUACUUCACUGCUAAGGCUGUCAAAGGACAGGCUGUGGCAUAUUUCUUAGCAGAUCAUCCUGGAGAGGAGAUUGAGAACAUGGACUCUUUGGACAUAGCAAAUGCAGAUCUCUUUUGGGGCAGGGAUUGUUUUGGAAGAAUCACUUGGAAUCAGACACUGUUAUUCUUUCCAGUUAGAUUUCCAGUGCACCAACAACAGGGCAGAAUAAGAAGCUCUAAUCAUAGGAUUAGAAAUGCUGGUGGAACUAGGAAUCCAAUCUGUGGAAAUCCUGGGAGAUUCAAUGCUUGUAUUAAAAUAGAUUGCUGGGGAAUACAAGUGCCUUAG